AUGUCCAGUGUCGUCGCCGCGUCUAAUGCGAUACUAAUGAGGCCUUCAGAGCCGACAAGCCAACCUAGUCCACCUCAGGAAGUUCCACCACGCCCGAGGAGCCGCGAAGCCAUACCAAUCGCCUGGCUUCUGAACAGCCCUCCAGACGACAAGGACUUUGGCAGCCACUUUCCUGUCCCCGACAAUGCUGGAAGUGACACCAAUACAACAGCGCCCGAUCCGGAAGUGCUUUCCGAACCCAGUCCAUGGGGUGAAGGCAUGGAAACGUUCGAAACUUAUUCCGGCCCUGUUCAGUCGACCGCCUUUGAUUCAUUUUUUGAUGGACUAGGUGAGCCCUUAAUCGAUCAUUUGUUCUGGGCGAGUCCUUUGAGACAGUUCGGCCAACAUCAGUUGCCAUUAGAAAACCUUACCUUCGGCACAUCCACGCUGAGAUCGAAUGAUAUUCAGGACUUUGAACCACUGCAGCUCGGGAUUACCGAUCCACAGUUACAAGCUUACGAAGCAAGAGCGCACGAGGUCCGACAGGCGUUGCAGAUGACUGCCGCUAACUAUGGCCCUACAAUGCCUGACCCACACGACAUGCUCAGUCUUGUACCAAAUAUCAACAGCCUGACUGCCAUGGAGAUCGCGUCGCUGGUCGACCUGUUCUUUCAGAACUAUCACAGGCACUGCCCGGUUAUUCACCAGCCAUCCUUCGACUUGACGGCUGUGCCUUUGGCAUUACUCCUUGCUGUCCUGGCGUUGGGAGGGAUGUAUGCGCCCGACAAGCCAAGACUCGAGCGAAUGCGAUCGCUUCUAGACGUGAUUGAGCUGUACAUCUUCAAUCUUGACGGCUUGAGGGAAGAGUUCCCCUUCUCUUCGGACCUGGGCCAGGCACCCGAUGAGGACUCCUUACACGCGCAGUUUCAAAUACUGCAGGGUGGCUACCUGAUCGUUGUGGCCCAGUACUUUUCUGGAAACCUGUCUGCGAAGCGACGUGCGCGGCGUCAGCGAUUCUUGAGAGUGCUUGAUGUCGCUCGUUCUUGCAAGCUUCCGGGUGCCCAACAUUCUCCGUACCUAUCAGUCCACGACGAGCAAUCUUUCCAGGCAUGGAUCCGAGAAGAGAAUCGGAUACGACAAUUCAACGUCAUGAUCGCAUUCGACGCGGCCCUGGCGAUCUUCAAUAACGUUCCGCCUCGAAUUACUUUCGGCGAAAUCGAUGUCGCACUGCCUUGUGACCAACAACAGUGGCAAAUAGGCUCGUACGCCGAGCUGAUGGCCCAACCGACAUUUCCGCAGCCACGACCAAAGUUGAUGGACUUGUUCCAGCUUCUGUUUGCGCCGACUGCCGACUUCCAUGCGGUGAAACAGAAGAUCACUUGGAGUUGUUGGGAUUUGCUAUACCUAAUCCACCUCCUGUAUCUCCACGUCUGGCGCCAGACGUUCUCCAAUCCGCUACUGCGCAAAUCACCAUACGCAACACCGCCACAGCCCAAUAUCCUGGAGCCGCUCGAAACAGCGAUCCGGAACUGGAAGAUAAUCUGGGAUGAGACACACUCAAAGCUGAGCCCUGAUCAAUUGCGCGGCAUGGGCUUCGAAACCUCGUCAGAUAGUUACUGGACACUAACCAAACUGAUACUCCAGGCUUUCGAUGUGCACCACGUGAGAAGCAGUGCGAGCGUUGCCAUAGCUGGUUCUGAUUCGGCGACUGCGUCCAGCCCAGCGGCUGAGCCAGUCAGUGCCCCCGCCACGACUAUUGCCUCUCAGUCCUUGACAUCUCUUCACCCGCAGCCGUCUCUUGAAUCAGCUCACUCCCAAGGCAACGCUCGACGACUUUCCUCGGCAGGACUUAUGCGUGCCAACGGAAGCGCCUAUCCUGACUACAACGCCUAUAAUCUUGCCGCAGCCCAAGCGGGCAUGGUACCCUUGAACGGCACUCCAACCGUGCCGGUCAAUGGCAGUGGCAGCAAUUACAUCCCACCCAGUCAACGCUUUGUGCCACAGAAUCAGCAAUCGCCCGUACUGAAACGAGAAAACAGCGUCAUCAGUGCAUCUGGUCUGCCUCCAGGCCUAGGCUUAACAGGGAAUUACUCCUUCAACAAUCUCCGCACGGUACCUCCCGUUGUAACAGGGUCAGGAGCUUCAGAACCAACAAGUGCGACAAGUGUCACAGCCACGGAGUUCGGCGGCGGUCUGGACUUCAUGCCUCUCGAAGCAGAUUGCGACACUCAAGGGGCCCAUUUGAAGCGGAUUUUGAAGGCUGUGCGGCAAUGA